UACUGACCUGCCGGAUUCGGUGCUGCUGGAAAUCUUCUCUUACCUCCCGGUCCGGGACCGGAUCCGCAUCUCCAGGUGCGGCCCCUCUCCUCGGGGGAAAGAGCCGGGCAGGGGGCGCACCCGGAGAUGCGGCUCCGGCCCCAGCGGGGCCGGGGUCGUUCUAACGGCGAGUCCCCUCCCCCAGGGUCUGUCACCGCUGGAAGAGGCUGGUGGACGACCGGUGGCUGUGGCGACAUGUCGACUUGACGCUCUACACGGUAUUGUCCUCAUUCUGGAAAUCUUCUCUUACCUCCCGGUCCGGGACCUGAUCCGCAUCUCCAGAUGCGGCCUAAAGUUAUGUGGCACCUUCUUCGCCGAUACAUGGCAUCUCGGCUCCAUUCCCUGCGGAUGGGUGGCUACCUCUUCUCCGGCUCUCAGGCCCCCCAGUUGUCCCCUGCCCUGUUGAAAGCCCUGGGCCAGAAGUGCCCCAACCUGAAGCGCCUCUGCCUGCACGUGGCUGACCUGAGCAUGGUACCCAUCACCAGCCUGCCCUGCACCCUGAGGACCCUGGAGCUGCACAGCUGUGAGAUCUCCAUGGCCUGGCUCCUUAAGGAGCAGGACCCCACCGUGCUGCCCCUGCUCGAAUGCAUCGUGCUGGACCGUGUCCCUGCCUUCCGUGACGAGCACCUGCAGGGCCUGACACGUUUCCGGGCCCUGCGCUCGCUGGUGCUAGGUGGCACCUACCGUGUGACCCAGACGGGGCUGGAUACCAGCCUGCAGGAGCUCAGCUACCUGCAGAGGUUCGAGAUGCUAGGUUGCACCCUCUCAGCCGACAGCACCCUGCUGGCCAUCAGCCGCCACCUCCGAGGUGUGCGUAAGAUCCGGCUGACCGUUGGGGGCCUCUCUGCUCCUGGCCUGGCUGUCCUGGAAGGAAUGCCAGCCCUGGAGAGUCUGUGCUUACAGGGCCCCCUCAUCACCCCAGAAAUGCCCACUCCAGCUGAAAUUGUUUCCUCCUGCCUCACCAUGCCCAAACUCAGAGUGCUUGAGCUGCAGGGGCUGGGCUGGGAGGGUCAGGAGGCUGAGAGGAUCCUGUGUAAGGGGCUGCCCCACUGUAUGGUCAUUGUUAGGGCCUGCCCCAAAGAGUCCAUGGACUGGUGGAUGUAACUGUGCCACUGUCCCAGCUUUCAUAGUUGAUGAAAGCCCUUGAUGAAAGACCCUCUGAGCAGCAAAUUGAAGAGGGCAGCUUAUGGGGCUUGAGGGAACUGAAGGUGACAGGAGGAGACAAUGAAGGCCUUGGGCCUCCAGACAGUGGGAAUCAUUGGCCAGCUGUGUGGCCUCAGCCUCAGCAGCCUGCCUCUGGAGGCCCAGUUCCCACAUCUACAAAUAGAGAUCCGAGCUACCUCAGGAUUAUGUUGCAUAGCCUUACUCUGACAGCCCCCGCCCUCAGAAGCCCUUGAUGAAGGCCAUCCUCCAGGUCAUCCUCAGAGUUGUCCUCACCACCAGAUGGGUGGAAUUAAGAGCUAGAAGGACCUGAGGGGCCAAGUCCCCGCAAUGAUACUGAAAAGACUAUACAUGUGUUCCCACACGCCUGUGCACCAUUUCUAUAUCUACACACACACAGGAGGCACAGAGAUCAAGGGCAGAUGAGGCUUGCCAUUCAUAAUCAAAAUGUUCAUGAAGGUUCUCAGUUGUAUUUUCUGUAUUUUCUACCUUUUCCAAGUUUUCCACAGCAGAUAUUAUUUUGCUAUUAAAGAAAAAUAAUGAAUUUUUUUU